UUUUUGCUUUUUCAAACUUCUAAUUUAGAGCUAACCUUCUUUUAAACAUGUUCAGAGCGCUGACUCGUUCUCGAUCUUUUUUAUUAUGUGCUUUUUCUUAUUACAUGUUGCGUUUUCUAGUUUUUAGUUUGCUCUUAGGCGGAAAUGCUAUCGCCUCCCCCAAAAAUGAAGGAGAGGGGCACAAAGUGGACAGGAACAAAAAAGUGGACAUGGGCCAUGGCAGUCUCUAUUCUUCAGGGGACACUUUACUCUACCUGUUCGAAUUCGACUUCAAACUCUCGGGAGGGUUGAGUACUAUACUACGACACUCUGACACUCUGAGGGAUCUGUUUAAAGAAGAGAACAUUUUGAAAGAGGUCACACAUGCUGUAAAACAACCUCCAUGGGACAACCCGCAUGUGGUUUUUCACCCAAUUAAUCAGUUCAUUCUUCUCUACAAGUUCAAUAAAGUAUGGCCGAAAGUUAGCAGAAUCGCACACGCGUUGACCAAAAACGAAACAGACUUCUCAGUUUGGGAAAAAAUGUUCCGAGCGGAUUCAAUAAUAGAAUAUUCUCAACUGAAGCCAAUGCUACAAGACAUUAAAGCACUGACUAUAAAUGACAGGGAUCUGAAGAAUGCGGCACUUGGUCUGUUGAGAUUACAAGAGGUGUAUGCACUGGAUGUCGAGGCAAUUGCGAAGGGAGAUAUAAGGUCCUACAAGAGUAUUCGUCCCCUUCGUACUGGUGAAAUGAAUGUGCUAAUCGAUGCAGCAGUGGAGUAUGAUGACAUUUGUCGAGCUCUGCUCUGGGUGAGACACCUGUCAAUCAAAUCAGCCGCCAAACACAAGAUGGAGUUACUGGUUGAACUGCGUGAAGAAGAUCAGGAAAUGUGUGAUAAGAAGUUCUGCAUGCGAGGGGAUAAAUGUCUACACGAGAAAACACAGAUAGAAAUCAACUACGCACAUCUAUGCAGAGACCCAGACAAAUUUCACUCGCCAGACAGGACCUUGAAGUGUGGCUACUUGACACACCAGCCUGAGUUCAUCUUGAAGCCUCUCAAGGUCGAAUGGGUACUGGACGAUCCACCGGUGUUUGUCAUCUACGACAUAGUGAGUGAAGUGGAGAUAAAGGAGAUGUGGGAUGCCUCCCCCACUCUGAGCAGGGGGAUAUUAGUCACGGAUGAUGAGACGAAGAAGUUCAGUGAGACCAGGACUGGCACCACUGCGUGGCUGGGGGAUCAAGAGGCACCCAUCGCCGCAAAAAUCUCCCACAGGGUGGGGAGGGCCAUCAACAAGAGUAUGGACACAGCUGACAAGUGGCAGAUGGGCAACUAUGGCAUAGGGGGACAGUACUACUUCCACUCUGACUACUUCGAGCCACAUUUUUUGACACAGCAGUGGUUUUACCCUCUAGGAUGGGAAAACAGACUGGUGACUUUCAUGGUCUACUGGAAUGAUGUAGCUGAGGGUGGAUACACUGCAUUUCCUAUUCUUGGAUUAUCCAUCAAACCAGGUACGAAGAUGCAGAUCGCUUGGUGA